GAAAAGAACAACCUGAAAACUCCCCAGCAAGGAGCUCUUGACUGAAAAGUCAAGCUAGAUAAGUCUCCGAUCAGAUUCCCUACUACCGUCCGACUUUUCUCCUCGUAUAGCACCAAAAACCCUCCAGCCGACCUCAUCCGCUCGUCCCGUUCCUUCUCCGGACUAGACGUUAUUCUUCUACUCCACUCUCCACCGAAUUAUUCCCUCAACCUACGCUACAGGGCUCGGAGUGUUUUUUUUCUCGCAGAGAAAACGACGGAGUAACCUCCUUCACUCUCCUCCCUCUCACUUCCUUCUCCCUCAUCAAUCAAAACUCCUCCCACCCCUCCACAAGAUGUCCACCACACCCACCACCGACCCCAGCGACGUGGUCGCCGACGCGAUCAACGACUUCUUCGGCCAACUCUACUCCUUCUGCGAGACCCUGUUCGGCCGAUUCUUCAAGAACCUGUACACCUCGUUCGCCGACGUGUCCGUGAACCGCUGGACGAAGGUCAUCCUCUCCGUGGUCGGCUACAUCAUCGUGCGUCCGUACAUCGAGAAACUGUUCGCCCGCAUGCACGAGAAAGACCGCAAGAAGCAGCAGGAGAAGGAGCGCGCGGCGAGGGAGGCCCGCGAGGGCAAGUCGGCCAAGGUGUCUGCGAAUGCCCUCCGAGGGGGCGGCGGCGGCGACACCGGCGGGAAGGUCCUGGGCGAGGUCGAGAACACGGACGACGAGAUUGAGGACGGAGAGGAGGACUUUGCGACGGCGAGUGGGGUGCCCGAGUGGGGGAAGAAUGCGCGCAAGAGGCAGAAGAAGCACAUGAAGAACUUGGAGAAGGAGGCGGAGCAGCGCACGCACAACUUGUCGGAGGAUCAGCUGAUGGAGUUGUUGGAUUGGAGUGACUCGGAGGGUGAGGAGAAGACGAAGGGCGAGGAAAAGAAGGCGGAAUGAAGGGAAUGAUUGAAUGAGGUUUUUGUUUUCAUGGGGUCUUGUUCUGGUCCUGCUACGACCAGUUGUGCCUUGCGAGGAUGGGUUUGGGGCAAUACAUAUUUCUUUUAAUCAUUGUAUCUUUAAUGCUUGUAUUAGUCACUCCGGUGGUGGUCUUCUCUGUGUUCCCUCCCAUGCAUUUAACGAUGGUGAUGUUGAAAUCUGUCGUUUCAAAGCUUGUAUCAGUUGCGGGCUCAAAAUUAAUAUCUU